GACAGCCACGCGCGCCUCGCCGCGAGGAUCAGGGCCGAGGGUCUGGUUCGGGGGGAGGCAGAGACUCCGCCCCACCCGGAGGAACUGUGCGCUCCUGCUCUCCCCUCGCGCGAGAGGAUCAAUCUCAGGCUAAGAAAUGGCAUUUCAAAAGGCAGUGAAAGGGACUAUUCUUGUUGGAGGUGGUGCUCUAGCAAGUGUCCUAGGCCUCUCUCAAUUUGCUCAUUACAGAAGGAAGCAAGUGAGCUUGGCCUAUGUCGAAGCAGCCGAGUACGUCACAGAACCUGUUAACAGGGAGCCUCCUUCCAGAGAAGCUCAGCUACUGACCUUGCAAAACAUGUCUGAAUUCGACAUCCUUGUCAUUGGAGGAGGAGCAACAGGGUGCGGCUGCGCACUGGAUGCCGUCACCAGAGGACUAAAAACAGCCCUUGUAGAAAGAGAUGAUUUCUCAUCAGGGACCAGCAGCAGAAGCACUAAAUUGAUCCAUGGUGGUGUGAGAUAUCUUCAGAAGGCUAUCAUGAAGUUGGAUAUUGAGCAGUAUAGGAUGGUAAAAGAAGCCCUUCACGAGCGUGCCAACCUACUAGAAAUUGCUCCCCAUUUAUCAGCUCCAUUGCCUAUAAUGCUUCCAAUUUACAAGUGGUGGCAGCUACCUUACUACUGGGUAGGAAUCAAGCUAUAUGAUCUGGUUGCAGGAAGUAAUUGCCUGAAGAGCAGUUAUGUCCUCAGCAAAUCGAGAGCCCUUGAACAUUUCCCAAUGCUCCAGAAGGACAAACUGGUAGGAGCAAUUGUCUACUAUGACGGACAACACAACGACGCUCGGAUGAACCUUGCCAUUGCCCUCACUGCUGCCAGGUAUGGGGCUGCCACAGCCAAUUACAUGGAGGUUGUGAGCUUGCUCAAGAAGACAGACCCCCACACGGGGAAGGAGCGAGUGAGCGGCGCACGGUGCAAGGACGUGCUCACAGGGCAGGAAUUUGAUGUGAGAGCCAAAUGUGUUAUCAAUGCUACGGGACCUUUCACAGACUCCGUGCGCAAAAUGGAUGAUAAGAACGCCACGGCGAUCUGCCAGCCGAGCGCGGGUGUCCACAUCGUGAUGCCUGGUUAUUACAGCCCCGAGAGCAUGGGACUUCUUGAUCCAGCAACCAGUGAUGGGCGAGUUAUCUUCUUCUUACCCUGGCAAAAGAUGACUAUAGCUGGCACUACUGACACGCCAACUGAUGUCACACACCAUCCCAUUCCUUCGGAAGAAGAUAUCAAUUUCAUUUUGAAUGAGGUGCGGAACUACCUGAGUUGUGAUGUUGAAGUGAGAAGAGGGGACGUCCUGGCAGCGUGGAGUGGUAUCCGUCCCCUUGUGACAGAUCCCAAGUCUGCAGAUACUCAGUCCAUUUCCCGAAAUCAUGUCGUGGACAUCAGUGAGAGUGGCCUCAUCACUAUAGCAGGUGGAAAGUGGACAACGUAUCGAUCUAUGGCAGAAGAUACCAUAAAUGCUGCUAUCAAAGCUCACAAUUUUAAAGCAGGACCAAGCAGAACAGUUGGGCUUUUCCUUCAAGGGGGCAAAGAUUGGAGCCCCACACUGUACAUUAGGCUUGUCCAGGAUUAUGGGCUUGAAAGUGAGGUGGCACAGCAUCUCGCCGCUACCUAUGGUGACAAGGCUUUUGAGGUGGCCAAGAUGGCAAGCGUAACUGGAAAAAGGUGGCCCAUCGUUGGCGUGCGUCUUGUGUCAGAAUUUCCAUACAUUGAAGCAGAGGUGAAAUAUGGGAUUAAGGAGUAUGCCUGUACAGCAGUGGAUAUGAUUUCACGGCGGACUCGCCUGGCCUUCUUAAAUGUCCAGGCGGCAGAGGAAGCCCUCCCCAGGAUCGUUGAACUGAUGGGCAGAGAACUGAAUUGGGAUGAUUACAAAAAAGAGGAGGAACUUGAAACAGCCAGGAAGUUUCUGUAUUAUGAAAUGGGCUAUAAAUCUCGAUCAGAACAGUUGACAGAUCGCUCUGAAAUUAGCCUCCUGCCUUCCGACAUCGACAGGUACAAGAAGAGAUUUCAUAAGUUUGAUGCAGACCAAAAGGGCUUUAUUACCAUUGUUGAUGUUCAGCGUGUAUUAGAGAGUAUCAACGUCCAAAUGGAUGAAAAUACACUACAUGAAAUUCUGAAUGAAGUAGACUUGAACAAAAAUGGACAGGUGGAACUCAAUGAGUUUUUGCAGCUGAUGAGUGCUAUUCAGAAAGGAAGGGUGUCCGGAAGCCGGCUCGCGAUCCUGAUGAAAACUGCAGAAGAGAACCUCGACAGAAGAGUCCCCAUUCCAGUGGACCGAAGCUGUGGAGGAUUUUAGAUCAAGAUAGCGAGAACUUGUGCCCUCCCUGAACCCUGAACCCAUUACAGUAGGGACCGGCUUAAUAGGCUGGCUGGCCUGUGCAGAACUGUGUGUGUACAACAGGCUGGUUUGUGCACGCUUUGCUCGGAGUAAGUUCCUUUAAGGACAAAGAAAAGCACACUUUGCUUCCUUUGAGUGUCUCUGCUUUUGCUGAAAAUCUGCUAAUUCUAAAACAUACGCUCCUUCACCAAUCCCAGAGACUCGUCUUGGAAGUGAGCUGGUUCCAAGUCUUUACUGUGAAUAAAGCACCCCCGCAUUUUUGUGUGAGUUCUUAAUUAAACCUGUACAGCUUCUGUACCUGAUUUUAGAAAAGGGGAAAGGAAAUGGAGGGAUUAGCCCCUUCAAAACCUAUUCUAAGGACAAGGGAAUUUUUCUUUUCUUUUUGUAUGUAUGGGAUACUAGGUGAUUCUGUGGGGGUGGGGUGGGGGGUGCAGAGAUUGUCUUUAUCAUCAAGUGAUUUGUUUCAAGAGCCUUUAAGGGGAUUCAGGUGAAGGAACCCCCAUCUGUGGGGAAGAGAUGGAUUCUCCUUUAAAUAGCCCCAUACCACAGUCCUAACGAUAGUGACCAUGCUGGAUUAUUUGUUAAGCCAAGGCUGUCUGCCUCAUAGCCCUCACGCUGUUUGCAAGAUUCUUGCUUUCAAUCAAUUUAUACCAAGUGCAACUUUAGGAUUUCUACUAUUAAAUGCAUGCUCCCUAUUCUGCUUUAGUUUCUAGCUUCGUUUUGUCUUUUCCAAAAUAUGUGGCUUUGUGUCUUGUACAACAACACAAAUUUCAUUGUGACUUUGACUAAACAUACUGUAAGGAUGAUCACCGAUCUUACUUCCUUUUUUAUGUAUUGGUAAAGAUUUUUUGGCCUAUGAAUGUAAUAACAUUAAAGUCAGUGACGCUCUAACUUGCACUGUUUUGCAUUAUGUCCACCGUUUUCAGGGAAUAAAAAAGCCCUACUGUGUUUUUAAAGACUCAAGUACAAGCCGGUGCUGGAGUGGAUACGCGCACUGCAUGCCUUUAAAUGUGGCCCUUUCGUGUAUGUGUUGGGUUAUUGUUCUAGAUGGGACUGUUAAAUACUGUGUUUGAGGCUGGGUUGUCAUUUUUAUAACUGUCUUGGUGUUUUAUCGCCAUUAUUUAUUACUUUUGAUAUACAGAAUGAGCUGCAUGCAUUUAUAGAGCAAUAAGAAGAUGUAUUUAAUGUGCCUUGUUUUUAACUGAAUAAGAACUGAAAGUACGAAUCAAUAAAACUGAUUAAAAUGG